AUGUUGCGUACGCUGGUUCGUCGCCUGGGCGCCCAGGCCGCCCAGGGCGUUCGUGGCUACGCCUCUGAGGCUGCUCCUAAGAAGAGCGGGGCCGCCAGCUUCAAGCCCGACUACGACGCUGUGCGCAAGGCAGUGGAGGACCUGCUUGAGAGCAACGAGGACUAUGAUGACGGAUCCUACGGCCCCGUGCUGGUGCGCCUGGCCUGGCACACCUCCGGCACCUUUGACAAGAACACCAACACCGGCGGCUCCAACGGCGCCACCAUGCGCUUCCUGCCGGAGAGCAACUGGGGCGCCAACGCGGGGCUGGCGGUGGCCCGCGACCUGCUGGAGCCUGUGAAGCAGAAGUACCCCUGGAUCUCCUACUCCGACCUGUGGACCCUGGCGGGCGCCACCGCCAUCGAAGCCAUGGGCGGCCCGCACAUCCCCUGGCGCCCCGGCCGCAGCGACUACGCGCCCCAGAACUUUGUGGCGCUGCCCGAUGGCCGGCUGCCCGACGGCGACAAGGAUGCCAAGCAUGUGCGGGACAUCUUCUACAGGAUGGGGUUCAACGACCAGGAGAUUGUCGCGCUGUGCGGCGCCCACACGCUGGGCCGCUGCCACGACGACCGCAGCGGGUUUGUGGGGCCCUGGACCAACGCCCCCACCACCUUCUCCAACCUCUACUUUGUGGAGCUGACGGAGAACAAGUGGCACAAGAAGAAGUGGAAGGGGCCGCUGCAGUACGAGGACAAGAGCGGGCAGCUCAUGAUGCUCAACACCGACAUGUGGCUGCUGUGGGACAAGAAGUUCAAGCCGUAUGUGCAGCAGUAUGCCAAGGAUGAGGAGGCCUUCUUCAAGGACUUUGCCGCCGCCUUCUCCAAGCUCCUGGAGCUGGGCGUGCCCUUCCCAGAGGGCUCGGCUGCCGCCAGCCCCACGCCAAAUAAGUGA